UGGAGCACGCAGGCGCGCGCCGUAGUGAUGGUGCUGGUGUCGGGCCGGUUUCCAUACCGACAGUCAUUAAAAAUCAUCUGUGGGUUAUUAAUAUUUUAGUCGAGCUGCCGGGUUUACUGUGAGGAUUUUCCGUUUGGGUCACGGUGAACUGAAGCUUGUGGAACUGCCUAGACAAGAAAGCAGACUAAGAGAAGAGGCCUGCAGUAACAGCUGUCUACAUCCUGAGUGGUGAACCUGCUGCUUUGUCACUUUUUUCAGACUACGUGUUUAAAACAGAGUGGAAGCCUAAAACUGCUUUAAAGACUGCGAUGCAUCGCUUAAGGACUUGUGCUUCCCGGCUUCGGCCUCUCACGGCCUCACAGAAUGCACAGAGCUUCCUGCAGCGGAGGUCAGCAGCUUGUGGCUUAAGGACGUUUCAGCUAAACAGGCAUUACAUGACGCCUGUCGUUGCUGAGCCUUUUCUUAAUGGAACAAGUUGUAACUACUUGGAGGAGAUGUACUAUGCAUGGUUGGAUGACCCCAGGAGUGUGCAUAAGUCUUGGGACAUUUUCUUUCGCAAUGCCAACGCUGGUGCACCUCCCGGCGCUGCCUACCAGAGGCCACCUCCUCCAGCAGCAAUGACGUCAGUUCUACCUCAGAUGUUGGCUGGAUCUCAGGUCCGUGUGGAGAAGCUAGUCGAGGACCACCUGGCUGUGCAGUCUCUCAUUCGCGCGUAUCAGAUACGCGGGCAUCAAGUUGCCCAGCUGGACCCGUUGGGAAUUAUGGAUGCUGACCUUGAUUUGUGCAUGCCCAUGGAUAUUAUCACGUCUUCCCAUAAGCUCGGCUUCUAUGGUUUAAGCGACUCGGACCUGGACAAAGUGUUCCGUCUUCCCACCACCACCUUCAUUGGAGGCACCGAAAGCGCCCUGCCACUCAGGGAGAUCAUCCGGCGCUUAGAGAUGUCAUACUGUCAGCAUAUAGGAGUGGAGUUUAUGUUCAUCAAUGAUUUAGAGCAGUGCCAAUGGAUCCGGCAGAAGUUUGAGAGGCCUGGCACGAUGCAGUUCACUCCAGAGGAGAAACGUAAUCUCCUAGCCCGCAUGGUCCGUUCUACCAGAUUUGAAGAGUUCCUGCAGAGGAAGUGGUCCUCAGAGAAGCGCUUUGGACUGGAGGGGUGUGAGGCACUUAUCCCUGCCCUCAAAACAAUCAUUGACAAGUCUAGCGAGAAGGGUGUAGAUAAUGUGAUUUUGGGCAUGCCUCACAGAGGACGUUUGAAUGUGCUUGCCAACGUCAUCCGGAAAGAGCUGGAGCAAAUCUUUUGUCAGUUUGAUUCCAAACUUGAGGCUGCUGAUGAGGGGUCAGGCGAUGUGAAAUAUCAUUUGGGGAUGUAUCACAGACGGACUAAUCGCUUGACUGAUCGCAACAUUACCAUGUCACUGGUGGCCAACCCAUCUCACUUGGAGGCGGUGAACCCGGUAGUGCAGGGCAAGACCAAGGCCGAGCAGUUCUACUGCGGAGACACCAAAGGCAAUAGGGUGAUGUCUAUACUCAUACAUGGAGAUGCAGCAUUUGCCGGUCAGGGCAUUGUGUACGAGACCUUUCACCUGAGUGAUCUGCCCUCCUAUACCACUCAUGGCACAGUACAUGUGGUAGUCAACAACCAGAUUGGCUUCACCACUGACCCACGUAUGGCUCGCUCUUCUCCUUAUCCCACCGAUGUGGCCCGGGUAGUAAAUGCCCCAAUUUUCCAUGUCAACGCAGACGAUCCUGAGGCCGUAAUGUACGUGUGCAACGUUGCUGCUGAGUGGAGAGCGACGUUCCAUAAAGACGUGGUGGUGGACUUGGUAUGCUACCGGCGGAACGGCCACAACGAGAUGGACGAGCCGAUGUUUACUCAACCCCUGAUGUACAAGCAGAUUAAAAUGCAGAAGCCUGUGUUGCAGAAAUAUGCAGAGAAGCUCAUAUCAGAGGGAGUUGUGACCACGCAGGAAUAUGAGGAGGAGAUUGCAAACUAUGACAAGAUCUGCGAGGAGGCUUACGCACGUUCCAAAGAUGAAAAGAUCCUCCACAUCAAACACUGGCUUGACUCUCCUUGGCCUGAUUUCUUCACUUUGGAUGGCCAGCCUAAGAGGAUGAGUUGUCCCUCCACUGGCCUAAAUGAAGAACAGCUUGUUCACAUCGGAAAAGUGGCCUCCUCUGUGCCUGUUGAGGGAUUCACCAUCCACGGAGGUCUGAGCCGGAUUCUAAAGAGCAGAGCGGAGAUGCUUAAGGACCGGAUGGUGGACUGGGCUCUGGGCGAGUACAUGGCAUUAGGCUCCCUGCUGAAAGAGGGCAUCCAUGUGCGGCUUAGCGGCCAGGACGUAGAGAGAGGCACUUUCAGCCACCGCCACCAUGUACUACAUGACCAGAAGGUAGACAAGAGAACCUGCAUCCCUAUGAAUCACAUUGACCAAAACCAGGCUCCUUACACUGUGUGCAAUAGCUCUCUGUCAGAGUAUGGAGUAUUAGGCUUUGAGCUGGGAUUUGCAAUGGCUAGCCCUAACACACUGGUGCUCUGGGAAGCACAGUUCGGAGACUUUCACAACACAGCCCAGUGCAUCAUCGACCAGUUCAUCUGCGCUGGCCAGGCCAAGUGGGUGCGCCAAAACGGCAUCGUCCUACUCCUUCCUCAUGGUAUGGAGGGAAUGGGUCCUGAACACUCCUCCGCUCGUCCUGAGCGCUUCCUUCAGAUGUGUAAUGACGACCCUGAUGUUUUCCCUAAAAUCACUGCCGACUUUGAGGGACAACAGCUGUAUGACUGCAACUGGAUUGUAGUGAAUUGCUCCACUCCAGCCAACUACUUUCAUGUGCUGAGGAGGCAGAUCCUUCAAGCCUUUCGUAAACCUCUUAUCAUUUUCACUCCUAAAUCCUUGUUGCGACACCCAGAGGCCAAGUCCACAUUUGAUGACAUGCUACAAGGCACACACUUCAAGCGUUUGAUCCCAGAGGAAGGCCUGGCAUCCCAGAAUCCAGCUGGAGUGAAGCGCAUUGUCUUCUGCACCGGGAAGGUGUACUAUGACCUGAUCAAACAGCGCAAGAACAAAGACAUGGAGGCUACAGUGGCUAUCGCGCGCAUAGAACAGCUCUCUCCAUUCCCGUUUGAUUUAGUAAAGGCAGAGAUUGAUAAGUAUCCAGAGGCGGAGCUGGUGUGGUGCCAAGAGGAGCACAAAAACCAGGGCUACUAUGACUACAUCAGGCCUCGCAUUCACACCACCAUUGCCCGUGCACGUCCUGUCUGGUACGCUGGACGUGACCCUGCUGCCGCCCCAGCCACUGGAAACAAGAAAGCCCAUCUCCUGGAGCUGGAUCGUCUCCUGAACACAGCCUUCAACCUGGAUGCUUUCCAGGACCGGUCCUAAACUCCACUCUACCUGAAUUCCCAACACUUCCUGCUAGGACAGGGCCAUCCUUUCAUCUCUAUCUCAGUCUUCACGUCCAGACACUGACACAAUGCAUUCCUGUUUCCCAGUCAUUACGCUGGCACCAUUUCUGUAAUGUACCAUCAGAGAUGGAAGGACGGCUAGCCUUUGGCGCAAUAAUUAGUUCUUAUAUUAACCUUAAAACCAUGGCUGUGAAUCUGGAGACUGCAUGUCCCUGACUGUCUUCUGAAUCAUUAGACACUUCAGACCUACAUAAAGUGUUGGAGGCUUUUAAUAUCAAAGUGCACACAGAAAUUGUAUCAAACAUGUGUAUCAGGGUUUCAGGUGUACAAGGCAAGUAAAAGUAGACUUUUUCUUUUUUUCCUCAUGGAUUGAGCCCCCCCCC